AUGUUCACAAAUCAGGAAAAAGCUCCUGCUGGUUUGCCGUCGGGCACCGGCGAAGCCCCGCGAGCAAAUUAUUUACGUAGGGAGCGGAGGAAGCGGCGCGGCCGGCGUCGUGGCUCGCGCCCCUCCCCCAACGCGACCGCGUUCCGCGAUUGGCCGUGCGUCGCCCAAUGGCAGCAGGCCCCGCCCUGGCGGCCCGGCCAUGCCGGCGUGCCGCCACUCGCGGCCCGGCCGCCGCCAGAAGCGCCUCAGCUCGCCAUGCUGCUGCGGCCCGCCAUGUCCGAGUCCCCGCUAGACCUGCGCGGCGUGCACCUGCAGGACUCUGACUCCGACGUCAAUGUGGACUCCGACGACGACGGCGCGCCUCCGGCGGGUGGCCUGCCGCCGGAGUACCCGAGACAUCUGAUCGCCGCCGGCCCCGGAGCGCCUCCCGGGGUCGUCAGCGGUGGGAACACGACACCCACGCCGGCGCUCUCGCCCGGCUCCGAGGAGGCAACCGCCGUCUCCGUCUCCCCGUCGUCCAACGGCGGCGGCAAGAAGACCUCCGGAUCGAGCGGCGGCGGCGGCACGACGCAGGUGAAGCCGCCGUACUCGUAUAUCGCGCUCAUCACCAUGGCCAUCCUACAGUCGCCGCACAAGAAGCUCACGCUCAGCGGCAUCUGCGAGUUCAUCAUGGCGCGCUUCCCGUACUACCGCGAGAAGUUCCCCGCCUGGCAGAACUCGAUCCGCCACAACCUGUCGCUCAACGACUGCUUCAUCAAGAUCCCGCGCGAGCCGGGCAACCCGGGCAAGGGCAACUACUGGACGCUCGACCCGAUGGCGGAGGACAUGUUCGACAACGGCAGCUUCCUGCGGCGGCGCAAGCGCUACAAGAGGCAGCCGCCCGAGUUCCACCACCACCACCACCAGCACCACGCGGCGGCGGUGGCCGCGGGGCUGCUCGACGCCUACCACCGCCACCACCACCACCAGCAGCACCACCACCACCAGGCGGCGGGCGCGCCGCUGCCCUACCCGUACCUGUCGCCGCUGCCGCCGCUGCUGCCGCCGGCCGAGCUGGCGCGCCUCUCGCUGGGCCUCGGGAACGGAGUGGAGCUGGUCUGGCAUCGGACAAUUCCGCGGCUGCGUUUUGGCAGCGGCGGCGGUGGCGGCGGCGGCGGCGGCGCGCCUACCUGGCAACGGACCCGCACGGAUCAUCCUGUCCUCCCUCCCAUUAGUCAGGACACGGCGGGCCGCCCCUCCUCGGGCUGCUACAGCUUGCUGGGCGACCUCUUUCAUCCAUUCCAUUUCACACGUCGCGGAACAAAGGCUGCAGCCGUGGAAAAAGUAGUGCUCUGCUGA